AUGGCAUCAAAACUCUCCCUCGUUGUGUGCGUUGUGAUGGCCUUGUGUGCCAUUGAUCUAGCACAGAGUGCAUCAUCCCCUCACGCCCCAGCACCAUCUGUGGACUGCUCAAACCUUGUUCUCACCAUGGCCGAUUGCUUGUCCUUUGUCACCAAUGGCAGCACAGUCAACAAGCCGGAGGGUACCUGUUGUUCUGGCCUGAAGUCUGUGCUCAAAACUGCCCCUUCUUGCCUCUGUGAGGCUUUCAAAAGUAGUGCUCAGUUUGGUGUGGUUUUGAAUGUCACCAAGGCCACCACUCUCCCUGCUGCUUGCAAAGUCUCUGCCCCUUCUGCUACCAAUUGUGGAUUGUCUGAAGCACCUGCUGCUGCCCCUGCUGGAGGAGUCUCUCCACAAGCUUCUCCAUCUCCACAAGCAUCUGAUGCAUCAUCUUCUGGUCCUGCAAAUGAGGUAUCUCCUGCACCAGCACCAGCUAAAGGGAACACAGCAUCAGCAUUAUUCCCAAUCUCAGCUGGAUCCUUACUUGUUGGCUUAUUGGUAGCCAUUUUCUCUGGAUUUUGA